UUCAUGUCGCAACAAGCCAGACGCAACGGCAGUUGAUAAAGUGGUACAUCUUAUAACACAAAAAAAAAAAAAACGCGAGUGUUUGAAUUCAAUUUUGAAUUUAGCGUAAUUAGCUAAAACAAGAAAAAAACCCAAAAGCUAGAUCGAUCAAUUGGCAAUCGAUAAUUUGAACAGUGAGCAAAGGAGAAAGCGCGCACAAGAAGGAGUGACAAAAGAUUGCGCAAAUUGUGACUGCAAAUCAACAAAAUGUGCAAAUGAACAUUGAAAAAAAGUGCAACAAAGACAACUUACACAGCAAAGAGUGUAAAAAAGUUCAUAAUAUAUCAAAGCUGCAAAUAAUACACUGCAAUUAAUUAGCAUUGCAAUCUAACCUCAAAGCGCAAAAGGAAUACAACUCAAAAACAAAAUGGUAUCACACUAUUAUAAUUCACUGCCCUACACGCAAAAGCACAGCGCUGCAAACUUGGCCUACGCCUCGGCAGCCGCCGCUGGCCAGCCCUGGAACUGGACACCCAACUACACGCCGCCAAAUCAUCAAUUCCUGGGCGAAGUGGACUCGCCGCAUGCUGCCCAUCAUGCCCAUCAGAUGUACUACAGUCCACAUCAUAUGUUCCAUUCCGCUGCAGCGGCCGGCGCAGGAGAGUGGCAUUCACCCGCUUCGAGCACAGCGCCAGGCGAUAACUUUGCCCACAAUCCUGUGCCCACAACGGCGCAUCAGCUCAUGCAGCAUCAUCAUGCGCACAUAAGCAGCGGCUUGGCCAGCGGUGGCAGCAGCAGUUCCGCCAGCUCCGGCAGCACCAGCUCGCCUGUAGUGGGUGCAAGCGCUGGCGCCACACAGCUCAACGAAACCAAUGGCAGCAUUGGCGCAGAAACUGCAGCACACCAGCAUCAUCAGCAACAACAGCAGCAGCAGCAGCAACAGCAACUUGCUGCUGAGGGUUUGCCAUCGCCACCAAUUACUGUGUCGGGCAGUGAGAUUUCAAGUCCGGGUGCGCCCAAUUCAGCAUCGUCGCCGCAUCACUUGACUCAUCAUUUGGCAACAGCGGGCAGCAAUAACAACAACAACAACAGUCCCUCGACACACAACAAUAAUAACAAUAACAACAGCAUUACGGCCAACAACAAUCAUCGCGGAUCGCCGGCCAAGGCGCAGUACUACGAAUGGAUGAAGAAACCUUCAUAUCCCGCACAGCCACAACCAGGCAAAACACGCACCAAGGACAAAUAUCGCGUCGUCUACACGGACUUUCAGCGUCUGGAGCUGGAGAAGGAAUACUGCACAUCACGCUACAUCACCAUACGCCGCAAGAGCGAGCUGGCGCAAACGCUGUCGCUGUCGGAGCGGCAGGUGAAGAUCUGGUUCCAGAAUCGACGCGCCAAGGAACGCAAGCAGAACAAAAAGGGCGAUCCGAAUGUAAUGGGCGGAGUGCAGCACACGGACUACAGUCAGCUGCUGGAUGCAAAGACGAAGCUGGAGCCGGGCCUGCAUCUGCAGCAUCCGCUGCACUCGAUGAAUCCAAUGGCUGCCAUGAAUAUACCCGCCAUGCGUCUGCAUCCGCAUCUGGCGGCGCACAGUCACAUGGCCGCGGCGGCAGCGGCGCAUUCGCAUCAGCUCCAGCAUAGCGCCGUCGGCGUGGGCACGCUCUCAAUGUGACAUGACUAUAACAGCGGCUAUAACAACAACAAUAAUAAUAAUAAUACUAAUAAUAAUCAUAAUAUUAUUAAUAAUAAUGUCGUCGAGGGC